GAUCGAAUGAUAUCUGCCAUUAACGACUAACGCGUGAAACGUGGUAUUCGACAGUAUUCGAAAGGUCGUCGCGCAGCAGACGACAUUUGUUUUUUGGAGCUAUAGAACAGUAAAUAAGGUUUUUAAAACUUAAACAAUAGAAAAGGAAUUACACCGCUUGGCAUAAUUAACAGCACACAGGCUGAAAGUUUGGUGUAUCGAACCGGUGGCAUUGUUGGACGUUAAUUCUUCCCGCCCUUGUGUUUGAUAGUUAAUAAAUUAUAUGCUGGCAAGAGUGGGUCUAUUCAAAACAAUUUGCAGGUUUCAACCGUCAGUUGUUGCUCUUGCUCAAGUGAACGAGUCUCACAGUAAAGCGGCGAUGGAUAAAUUCUCACUACCCGAACGUUUCAUAGGAACAGAAAAAUCAGUUUGGGUGGAAUAUAUUCAACUAGCACUUAAACAUAAGCCGCUAAACCUUGGACAAGGAUUUCCCGAUUUUCAUGCACCAGAAAAUGUAACCAAAGCUUUAGCUGCAAGCGCAACUUCAGAAAAUCCAUUAUUGAAUCAAUAUACCAGGGGUUUUGGUCACCCAAGGCUGGUCAAUGCAUUGAGCAAACUUUAUUCACAAAUUUUGAACCGUGAUCUGAACCCCAACAGUGAGAUUCUAGUUACCUCUGGUGCCUACGAGGGGCUCUUUGUAGCAAUUCAUGGACACACAAGACCUGGCGACGAAUGGAUUAUCAUUGAACCUUUCUUUGACUGCUACGAGCCAAUGAUUUUAGGAGCCGGCGGCACUCCGAGAUUUAUUGCUUUGAAGCCAAAAAGAACAAGUGGAAAUAUAAGCUCGGGAGACUGGGUUUUAGAUAAAGAGGAGUUAGAAGGACUAUUUAAUGAAAAAACGAAGGGUAUCAUUGUUAAUACUCCUCACAAUCCCACUGGCAAAGUCUUUACACGGGAAGAAUUACAGGUCAUUGCAGACUUGGCGAAGAAAUGGAAUGCUAUCGUAAUAUCCGACGAGGUGUACGAAUGGCUCGUUUACAAGCCAAACGAACAUGUUAGAAUAGCAACUCUGCCCGGCAUGUACGAGCGUACUAUUACCAUCGGAUCAGCGGGUAAAACCUUCAGUGUGACGGGUUGGAAAAUUGGCUGGGCUUAUGGACCAGCUAACCUAAUUUACAAUUUACAAAUUGUUCAUCAAAACACAGUCUACACUUGCGCUACUACUAUUCAGGAAGCUAUAGCUAUCGGGUUCGAGCAGGAAAUCGCGAGGUAUGGUCAGCCGGAUUGUUACUUUGAGAGUUUGGCAAGGGAUUUAUUGCCGAAACGAGACUAUAUGGCGUCGUUUUUACGUGAGGUCGGAAUGAACCCUACCGUACCAGAAGGAGGCUACUUUAUGAUCGCAAACUGGACAGCUUUAGCAGAUAAAGUGGAACUUUCCACGGAAAAAGACCAAUAUAAGGAUUAUAAGUUCACUAAAUGGAUGACGAAAAAUGUUGGUCUGCAGGGGAUUCCACCGUCUGCCUUUUACAGCACUGAACACAAGCAUUUGGGCGAGGAUAAUGUACGAUACUGCUUCAUAAAGAGAGAUGAAAACUUGCAAGAAGCAGCCAGAAUUCUGAAAGAGUGGAAAGCGCGACAGUAAUCGAAUUACUGAAAAAUUAGAUCUAACUUUACAGGAUUGCCAACUGGAAUUGAAAUUUCACCCGAUGUAUAUGAAGUUUGUAUAUUUUUAUGUAACUAUGGCCACAAGAAUGUUUACCUUUAAAAAUAAUUAAUUCCUUCCAUUUUGAGAAACAGCAACAAAAAUACGCAAUUGUCAA